CUCCAGCAGGAUGAGAUAGCUGUAAACCACACCAGGUCUAUUAAUUAAUUAAUGUACACUGACUGCAGUGUUCGCUCCCGGGCAGUGUGGCGGGACAGUUUUCAGCUGCCUGCAGUGUGUUUUUGGGUGUUUUUGCAGCGUUGUGGGAGAAAGGCAAGAGAUAAAGGAGCAGAGCAGCAGAAAACUGUGGAUGGAAGGAAGCCGUCAGCCAUAGUCACCAUUUAUCACCCAGGGCCAUUGUGGUCCUGUCCUCUAUACGGCGCCAGUGCAGUCAGGCAGGCAGACAGAGAGAAAGAAGAAGAGAAGAAGAGGGAGAGAGGGGGCAGGGUGGCUUCAGGCAGGAAAAGGGGGAGAGAAUGGUUGGGGAUCAGCCUGUAUGGCCACCUCAGCACCUACUGCAGGGCUGGGGAGCAGUGUUGCUGUCUCAGUGCUUGUCCUCCGUGUUCUCCCAGGUCCCGGAUCCUGAGCUCUUGCCCACAGAUCCCCCAAAGAAGCCGGACCCCAUCACCUCAGAGUCUGUUGUUUUCUGGGGGCUGCGGUUAUGGCAGGUCAUCGCCAUCUUUUCUGUGUUUAUUUUAGCAAUUGUUAUUGCUCUAUGUUGUAUAUUCAAAUGUAGAAUCCCGAGAACCAAGAAGGAAAUAGAGGCACGGCACAUGCAAAGACAGGCUGCCAAAAAAUACGCCAACACAUUAGAGACAGUGCCACCUCUGAAUGAGCUGACUGAGGUCCCAGGCUCUGCAAAAGCAGAAGUUAAAGAAGAGGUGACAACAGUCUCUGGGAAAGUGGAUGCUGAUAAAGGAGAGAAGAAGAGCAAAGAAGGCAAAAAAGUGAGCAAGGAUGCCAAAGAAGGAAAAGGAGAUGAAAAGAAUGCGACAGCAAAGAAGGGUGAAAAAGGUGAAAAGGGAGCAUCCAAGAAAGAUGAUGGUGACGGGAAAGGGAAGAAAUCUGGAGCAAAGGGAGAGCAAGUGGAAAGAGGAGGCAAAGGAGGAGCUAAAGGGGGAGCUAAAAAAGCUCCGAAGUGAACUCUGCCUUCACGGACAAACACUGAAAAAGAUAAUUUCAUAUUUUUCACUGAAAGCACCUUUUUUUUCUAAAAUGAAUUUGUAAAUUAUAUUUGAAAUAAACAAAAAACUUAUAUAUAACAACAUGCAUUUGUCUACUUAAGGAUCAUGAAAGUUGCAAGACAAUCAGAGUACAGUAAAAUUACAGAUUUAUUGUCUUAUUAACAAUUUACCGAUGAACACUAGAGACCAAACACAUAUUCUAUGUUAUUCCAGGUUUACACUGCCAUCUACAACGUGCCUAAAUCACUAUAGAGUGAUGAGAAGGCAAACACUGCCCACAUACUGUAUCUAAAGCAUGAAGACCAAUGCUGACUCCACGGAGUACAUUUUGGCACUAGAUAAAUAAAAGACAACCACACACAUUGUAUACUUCUAUGAGAGGUAUUUCAAAACAAUGAAUUACAACAUUAGCUCUAUGAUUAAUGGCCUUUUGUACACUUGAUUCCAAAACACAAUCAUUUUACAUUACAAUCAGAACAAAAUACUGUAUUAUAGAGUAGUAAAGUGCUCAAAUAUAAUUUUCCAUGUAAUUAAAAAAA